UGGCAUUUCAUUCCGGAGAGUGCUGCAAACACAGAAACGCCGUAGAGUGUGUGAGAUUUCCACAGUAUCAAAAAAUGAAGACCAUCCUCUCCUCCGAAACCAUGAACAUCCCUGACGGCGUUAGCAUCAAGGUUAACGCUAAGGUCAUCGAAGUCGAAGGACCUCGCGGGAAACUUGUUCGUGAUUUCAAGCAUCUCAAUCUCGAUUUUGAUCUCAUCACCGAUGAAGAAGGGAAGAAGAAGCUGAAGAUCGAUGCCUGGUUUGGUUCCAGGAAAACCUCCGCCGCCAUCAGGACAGCUCUCAGCCACGUUGAGAAUCUCAUCACUGGUGUCACCAAGGGAUUCCGCUACAAGAUGAGGUUUGUGUAUGCUCAUUUCCCCAUCAACGCUAGCAUCACCAAUGACAGCAAGUCGAUUGAGAUCCGUAACUUUCUUGGCGAGAAGAAGGUGAGGAAAGUGGAUUUGCUUGAUGGAGUUUCAAUUGUUCGAUCUGAGAAGGUGAAGGAUGAGGUUGUUUUGGAUGGAAAUGACAUUGAACUUGUUUCUCGGUCUUGUGCCCUUAUUAAUCAGAAAUGCCAUGUUAAGAAGAAGGAUAUCAGGAAGUUUCUUGAUGGUAUUUAUGUUAGUGAGAAGGGGUCGGUGGUAACUGAAGAAUAGAUGGUGAUGCUCAAAUUAAGCAUAUCGUUUUGUAGUUUAAUUCAAGUUUCUGUUUAUCUUGGACUGGUUACUGUUUUGUGGCGAUUACUUAGACAUCUUUUACAUUUGUUUGUUGAGUUUGGAAUUUUUGGUUAUCUUGGUUUUCUCCAUUGGAAUAUCUUGCUUAAAAUUAUUUAAGGUUCUUAGUUAAAUUACUGCUUGUAUGUGUUUUAUGCUCGUUAAAA